GUUGCACCAUUUACGAGCCUCAUUUCAGCGAGAUGGAGGGCGAGGACACGGUUCGUCGGUCUUCUGGAGGACCACAGCCCAGGUCGAGACUCCAGUUGGACGAGGAGUGAAACCAGGCAGCAGCUCUGCGAUUCCACGGUAUCUCGCGCUUCGCUAAGGUAGAGGGGGAGAUGCUGCUCUCUUUGACCAUAUAAAUGGAGUACUUUACUAGUUAACUGGCUGGGUGAAUGGUACUCAAUCGUCCAGAAAGAUGACCCUUUGUGGCCUUCAAAGGUUCAGCCAUAUUAUGAAGAAGCCUGUUACAAGGAUCUAUCUUUGUUUGAUAUGUUACUACAAUGUAGUAGUAACUGUUUCUUGUUUACAGAUGGAAUUUUGGCUCUUUAAACCUACUUGUUGAACUCCAUAGUUAUUAUACCCCUGGCUAUGGUGGGUGCAUGAAUGGCCCAUAUACCUGGUAGCGUUAACUUCAUUUCAAGCAAGACAUAGUCUUUCAUGCGUACAAUAUGGCAUUAUCCGGCGGACUAUUGCUUGGAGAACGACCCUUUGUUGCCGCCGAGACUGCUGUAGUCGACAACCACCGGCGGAAAGGAUCAAGGAGUCGCUGAAUUCAGCAUGGCCUCUCAACUAUGAGAUCAAGUUACAUAGCUUCUCCUUGUUGCCCUGCUUGUCUACCCUUUUCCUUUAUAUAGUGCUGUAUUGCUUUGUCCAGGGUUAUAUCAACAAUGUUCUUUGAUCUCCCUGGACAUACAAUAAACCUGGAUUCCUCUAUCCUGGUGGCCUACCUUCUAACCCAAGCUUCUCUGAGAUUCCCACUAUCAUCCAUCGUGUAUUAUUACUAGCUUCAAAAUGUCCGAACAACAGACCAUAGAGGACCCCAGUAUGCCAUGUCCGGUAAAUUGUCCGGUACCUAUUGGAUUGGACUAUGUCGCGCCAGCUUAUCCGGGUCAGCCAGACCUGUUUAACGAUGUCGAAUGGGGGCCGUUUCCUGCCGACGAAGAUAUAGCGAAGGCGUACAAAGUGUGGUCGAUACCAAACAGCACCCUAAAAGCAUCUCACCCCGCAACCAAUGGCCCAGCCGGUUGUCUGGUACGGAAUGUAUAUGAGAGCAUUCUGACUUCUCCAGACUUACCCAUUCGACAAGAAAAUUAUAUUUUCCAUCCUCCAAGAGAUGCUGAACGUACUGAAGGCUGGACUUAUAGCGACAUUUUUGGCACUGAACCCGAGGGUCAAGAGCAGUCAUUAGAUAAUACCACUCCUAGCGUACUGGUGCAAGGACAUAACCCUCUUAUCGAUACUAAAUACUGGACGAAAGCAAAGCUCCAACCAGAACUGCGUUCACGGGGAAUCGAUGCAAACGGUCUCGUUGCUGUCCUAAGGCAAAGACUGUACGAUGACGAACAUCAAAAGUUGAGCCCCCUCCGCCACCAGGAGAGGAGAGCCGAAGAUAAAGGUAGUUUCCUACCUGUCCAGUCGUUGCCAGAAUGGGGCCUUAAGCGCAAAUCCGAUGAUUUCCUAGUCAAGAUUACUACACAAAGUCGUUUAUCAGCACUAGAUAUGUACACCUGGGCAAUACAUCUCAGCCCAUACAACCCUGCGUUCUGGACCAGCCGCGCAUACUUAUAUUACCAGAUGGGUCAUUUUGACCUAGCUAUCGGGGACGCAUACCGCGCACAACUCCUAUGUGAGAAACUUGUCAAUCCGCUAAACCGCCAUACUCAACCUGGUAUCUAUAUUCAUAUAUGGGACGCCGUCGAACGCCACAUAUUACAAACACCAUCCAACGGGCGCCAGUUUUCCCCGGAAGUCCUUCUGUUGCGGAGGGGGAACGGAGUAAACAGCUUCAUUCCCUUAGUGCGCAAAGCAGUCCAUCACAUUAUCGUGCUUAGCCUGUUGGCAAUGCAAUGCUGGGAAGAUUACUCUGCUACCGAACCAUAUCUAAGGACGAGACUUAUCAUGGCUGACCGCGACAAGAUUGCCAUGACAAAGCGGCAAGGGAAACUAGCUAAAUUCAUUCAAGAAGCAGGAAAAGAAAAAAGACGCGAUGCUCGUGAAUAUUUUUUCGAGCGGCAUUAUGGCUUCAUUACAUGUCGUCAGUAUCCGUAUGAUAACUACGAUGCUGCUACCGCACUUAAACAGAUUGCAGAUAAGUUGAAUGCGGAUAUGAUAAAAAAGUCACAGGCUCUGGUCUAUCGUCCUGCCAAGAUCCAGGUGGAUGUGGACGGUGGGAGUCUGUCAGUAUAUGCAUAUGAGGACAUACGCAAGGGAACAGUCAUAUACGUAGAUGAGCCUUCAGUAAGGGGCCAUCUUCAGCCACUGUACAAACCCUCAAAGCAUUUCUGCGAGAAUUGCAAGCGCCAGCUUAGCACUGGUGGCUCCCCGCCAUCGUCCCCUACCGAGAAUAAGGCUGUACAGGACCCCAGUUGCUCUUGUUCCAAUUCCAUCUACACUCCUCUGUAUUGGUGCAGCGCAGAUAGCCCGAGCUCAAGAGAUUCUUCUACAAACUCGUCUGAAUUCACGUGCAGUCGUCGAAGGCCAGGUGCCGAAACAGACAACGGACAGGAGACGACAAAGGGUAAUCCCUCAAAGAGACAAAAGACAAGCGAUGAUCGUGCCAACAAACAGGGACUUUCGUGCUUGGAUAUUGCAAAAUCUUUAUAUCAUAAUCGGGCCUGCGGGAAGAACUGGAACUGGCUGCACAAUGCAAUGCGACCAAACUACUGGAACUCUGAAUCUGUACCGCGGGAGCUGGGCUCCCUUUCCCAUUCAAACGAGAAGCAUGGUACUUUGUUGAGUUUGUUGCUUAGAGAGGUGUUUGACAUCACUCUUCUCAGGCGUGAGACCGAUAACAAGCCUCAUUUGCUGGCCCACGAGAUUGACGAGCUAAUGCCAAUCCUAUUGUGGCCUGCUACAGGCAAAAAUCUGCCUUUCUCGUUUGCAGCGAAUAUCCAGGUUCCUUUUGACAUUCUCUCAUGUCUAGGUGUGAACAUUUUCCGGGACCUUUCAUUUGAUACCUGGGUAAUUCAGCUUGUCCUUCGAAAACUGCUAAUGUCCGUCAUCCCCUGGCGCGCUCCGGGCGAGGAAAGGCGCGAGGACAUUCCUGAGACUCAGGAUGAGAUUAUCGAGCGUACCAGGGAGAUCUCUAAGUUUACUCCAAGCGAGUCCAAUUUAAUUAUGCCAACUUUCCCCAACCUUUAUGUCUUUCCUGCGAUUUCUGUGUUCAACCAUGCCUGCCCUCCUUACCAUAAUGUAGAUUGGAAUUGGGAUACUGAGAUUCCAAACCGCCUUAUUCUACACGCCAACAGGUUUAUAAAGCAUGGAGAGGAGCUAUUUAUACGCUACACCAAAGCGCCACUUCCCAACAAUACAGCUGUGAGGCUAUUUGGUAGAAGCUGCCUUUGUCCUGACUGCGGGAGAGAGAGGUCUAACUCGCCGCCUUUGCCCGAUUAUUUCGGGUUUGCGACCAGUAAUGAGUCUGAGCCAGAAAACUCCUCGUCUCCAGGAGAACCAAUCCAAGGGCCUGGAUUGGCUCUAUGGAGGUCUCCAGAGCCUAGCGAGGAGGAAACGUCUGGUGACAAUGGAAACACUCCCGGGUCAAGAGAAAGGAGAAGCGGUGGUAAUAACCAACGGAGAGAUGCAGAAGCCGAUGAUCAAGAAGAAGACGAACAUGAGGAUUAUAAGAGUAGUUCUCAGGAGGAGUCAGUCUCGUAUUCAAAUAUUAAUGUCUAUCAGGGGCGCACUCCCUUCGACUACAACCAGGCUCGUGAGCGCCAGCCGAGAAAUCAAACUUCUGAUGAUGACUACCAACUGGCAGCACAACUUGUUCUUCAAUCUAUGUCAACUUAUCCCGAGCCAGAGGUUCCUCAGCAUAGCUCUCAGCCGUCCACACAGACUCGAGAAGGUCAGAACAGUCAACAACAGGGGGAAACCCGCGAACCACCCAGCUCUACGGCAGCUAGGGUUGCCAUGCCACCUCCGUCUCGAGGUUUGGGGCCAAGAGCCAGUCUCGCCAAUACACGCUGCUCGAAAUCUCCACAAGCCUCAUCACUUCGCCGUGGAGCUUUAAUAAGGCACAGGGGAAUUAUCAUGUCUUCUUAUGAUUACAAUCAACUUAUUGAGCGAGAGCGGAAAGCACAGCAGGAACGUAAUCGACAAGAGGAUGACACGCAAGGUAGCCAUGAUAAGCAUGCCAACUAGCAAUCUUAGUGCGUAUAAGCUCCAUAGUGAUGACUGCUUUUGGAUGUUCCAACUUUUUUGGGUUUGUAUGUUUUGAUUAGUUAUAUCGAAUUUCCGAGUUUUGGUCUUUUCUUAUCCUCCCAAGUCUCACAUCCAUAUAACCAAAGAUAAAAAUGCACUAAACUUGAUGCUCUAAGCUUGUCAUUAGACAGUAGGUCUCUAAGUUAACUUGAAUUUUUGGGGUUGUCGAAUGAUACGAACCCCUUUCCUCUCAAGCUAUCACGCAUGAUGCCUGGUUCGAUUUACAUGCCUGUACCAUUAUCAGGAAUUACCGGCCUUCAAAUCGAUAGCGUUGGGCUGCGGUUAAGUAAUCAAUUAAAUGACUAAUGUUGAGCAAACAGUUCAUGGGUUGUGCCACAGAAUCGCAUUUGAAAGCAUGCACGAAGGAUUUAGCGCGAGAAAACCCCCGAGACAGUGCCUCCGUGCGGCCAUGCUGUAUUUGUGAAACGUUGAUGCCGCUAUCGUUAUUCCACUCCAUCAAUCUCAGGAACAAUACUUGUUCUGUUGUUGGAUGGUUAACAUGAGGGAGAUAAUCAUGAUUCGGUAGCAUGCAUGCACUUCUCCCUGUGCCCCACGAGAGAUGCUAGGUAUAAGCGCUAAUAAGAGACUGGCCGGACGGUUGAAGGUCGACAAAAUAGCAAAUCGAAGCUGCCAUUGGGCGUUCAGGCUGCUGUGGCAAAUCUAAAAAUCUCCCUUGCUCAGUUACAGAUGUGUCCCCAGUCGUUCCGGGGAGAGCCAGAUCAGACAAAGACGGGCUUAUCCAAGGCCGUCUUCAGCUGGGCAGGACGCGGAUCCGUCGGGAUGGCCGCUUGCUACGGUAUGACUAGCCGUAUCAACUGCCCAAAUAUUAUGAAUUAGAGCAGCCCAAGCGGUCGAGGUACUCCUAGGUCAGCCUAUCGGACCUGUAGAUCUGGCAUGUCUCAGCAAGGGUAUCAAAGAUCACGAAACGAUCGGCCGGUGUCCGUUCAAACAUGUGACUUAAAACUUUCUUAAAUGAACGAACAGCCAUGUGGUUGUAAAGUAACAGCCUCGCAGAGUGACUCGAGCUCGAAAAGACGGCGUUACUGGGUGAUGAAGGGUUGAAGCCAGAGUGGCCGCAUGGGAUAGCGUGCGGCACAGCGAUUCAACACAGCCUCAUCGUGAUGGGCAACCACCAAUCAGCAGUCAAAAGAGCACCGUGUCAGAGCAUCCUAAGGCAUGGUUUGCAUCAUUCGGCGUAUCUCUGCAUCACAACCCCCAAGACUAUCAGACGAGACGCCGUCUAUAUCGUCGUGUCCGCUAUUGACGUUGGAGUUUGAUGUUGAUGUUGCGGCUCUAAACUUUGGCGUCGAGGAAGGUUUGUGCUUAGUCAUCCGCUCCUUUUCCUUCAAACUUCAACUUUUGACGACGACCUUGCAGC